CUGCUUUACAGGUAUGAGAGGUCACAUAGUAGCAAUGAUGAGUUUAGAGUAAAAGAUUUUUGGAGUGAGCCGACUCUAGGAUGGUGUACUGACAAAAAAAUUUUGGAAAAACGAACCAAAGAAAUUGGGCGGGCUAAAGAGAAGCCUGUAUACGCCCGAUACUUGAACGAAGUUCCAAGAAACGAGCGUACUCGUGACCACCCGAAAACCCCAAACAAAUAUAUUAACUAUUCUCGUCGUUCGUGGGAUUCCCAGAUUCGUAGAUGGAAACGUGCUCUGUAUAUAUGGGGCGGUGAGGAACCGACGGCGAGUUGUAAUUCUUCUUUCUGCGGUGAACCUGUGGAUUCAGAUAUUGAUUUAGUUGUAAAAAGUUUAUUAAAAAUUCUUUGGGUAAAUCAUGUUGUACGACUGGAACCUGAUGCAAUGGCGUCUCUUCUUGGCAAAUUUGAUAUUGAUUCUCACUCAGGUCCUGAAGAAUCAACACUCAAAGGUACAGCUAGGACAGCUUUGGGUCCUAAGGACUUCAGUGGUUUGAUGAAUUCAUAA